GCGUUCCAAAAGGCGUCAGGAAGCGCUCGACACUUCCGCCGUUGUCACUGUACACACGUGACAAUCGGUGUCAACCUCCGAAAAUCUCGCGAGUGUUUGGAUUCGCGAAAGACAUUCCGAGACUUUAGAACUGCUCAGGAUCGUUAUAACAUUAGUUUAAUUCUCUUCGCGGAGAUAAAUUGCACGCAUCGCCUUAUCAGUAAUAACGAUGACGUAUCUGAACUCGUGGGAGGAAUUCGAAAGAGGCGCCGAGAGGUUAUACCUCCAGGAUCCGAUAAACACUCGAUAUACGAUGAAAUAUUGUCACAGUAAAGGGGUUUUGUGUCUAAAAUUAACGGAUAAUCGACAGUGCCUCCAAUAUAAAACAGAAAUAGCUCAAGACUUAAAGAAAAUGGAAAAAUUUAUAGGUAACCUCAUGAGACACAUGGCGUCGAAAGAGAGUUAAACAAAAUUUGUAUGUAGGAAUACAUUCAUCGUGAAGACUAAAAUAUACUGCUUUUAUUCAACAAGAUCUCGCUUCACAUGUGUGAUCCAGCGAUUCACAAAUAUCGAUAUUUAAUUAAGGUAUGAACGUUAUCUUACAUGUACAACAUGUGCAUAUAAAACUGUUCUGUUUUGUGUUAAAGUUUUACGAUUGUUUCGGGUAGCUCCGCUGCCUCCUCGUUAAAGUUCUGAAACAAUCAAAUUCAUCGUGUAAAGUUAAAUCGAGCGAUACAAUCGAGGAUAUAAUACAGUAAGAACUUUUUCAACAUUUAUAAUGUAUCCAUUUUUUUUAUCUAUUCAAAAGUAUAUCAUAUUAAGUGAUGCACACAAUGUAUUAGAUAUUAAUAAAGCCAGGUAUUGAACUGAA